AUGCGUGAUGUAAAGAUGCUGGGAGAAGAAAAAUGGAAAGAGAAAUGUGAUCGUUAUUUUUCAUCAAUGGGUGAUUUAACUGAACAGAAAUCAAACAAUACCAGACGUGAACUUCUUCCCGCGUCUGAUUCAGACACUAUCUUGAGCAAACGAAAUCGCCAGAGCAUAAGAAAAUGGGUCAAUGGUUUGGAUCUACAUGGAAGUUCUUUUCUCAGCGCAUCUCGAUCAAAGUUCACCAUGGCCAUUUGGUUGAUAUUGAUCUUAUUCAGUUUAGCAUCGUAUGGCUUGCUGACUUAUCUGCUAAUAAAUGACUAUUUUCACCAGGCGCCAAAAUUAGUUUUGACGUCUGCGACUCGGGAAACGCACAUUGACCCCUCGUUAUCAGUGACGUUCUGUAAUCUAAAUAUAUUGAAGGUGUCCAAACUAUCUGCAACCAGAUUUGAAAAAUUGAGAAAUUUGUUGCCGAAGACUGUAAACGCAAAUGCACCACAAACAGACAGAAACUCUGCGCCUCUUUCCGAUAUGCUAAGAACAACAAACCUGUGGGAAACUUUACAGUCAAACCUUGGAGAAAACCUCACAUCGUUUUUAUCAGAGAUUGAGCAUGAGUUUUCUGCUUAUGAAAAUCAAGAGACCGAUCAAGAUUUGGAGAGUUUGUACCAUGCAGCUCUAGAAGGCGAUCUGAGCUCGAUAUACGAUGCUUUACGAUUAUCACGACACGAUAUCCAGAGUUUGGGACAUCAGCGAACGGAGAUGUUGCGACAUUGUUGGAUAAAUGGUCGUAAUUGUCUAGAAAGUGAGAUGAAAGUAUUUGUUGACAGCCAGAAAGGAAAUUGUGUAACAGUAAAAUCUUCGUCCAAAAUGGAUGGAUUCGAACGAUUGUCGUUACUGUUGGAUACUGAACCAUAUGAAUAUGUUGGAGUAACCUCCCCUGUAACAGGGUUUGUGGUGUCUGUACAUGAUUCCAAUAUCAACCACGACGAGACAUCUCAGUUCAUCACCUCUCCAGGGGAAAACCUCAAUCUCAAAAUACAUCAGGUGUCCAGGUAUCACAGAAUAACAGGCUGUACUACAGAUCCAUAUCAUAACCAACAGACAUGUUUACAAAGGUGCCUAGGAAAGAAUAUUAUAAAAACUUGUGGAUGCUCAAUAUCUCUGGAUGCUGCUCUGAAAACUCGAUGUAGAUAUAAUAUACCGUAUGAAUAUGUAUGCAAACGAAGUAUGGAGUAUCUGAUAAAGAAAGGCCGUUUGAACUGUGAUUGUCCGAAACGUUGCAGAGAAAGACAAUAUGACAUCAGAUCUACCAGAGGUGAUUGGCCUUCCAGAUUUCACUCGGUUCAUAUAGAGAGAAGUUUGGCAGCUAAGGGGUUAACAAGAAACUAUGCCCAAUUAAGAGAAACUAUGGUAAAGGUUGAUAUAGAUACAACUCAAGCUCAGUUUACAGAUUAUAAAGAACAGUACGACAUUACUUGGUUAGGAUUAUUAUGGAGAAUGGGAGGUCUGUCGGCCAUGUUUAUUGGAAUAUCAGCUCUAUCUAUACUGGAAAUCAUCUGGUUAUUGGGACGAUCUGUUACAGUCUGUUGUACAACAUUUAGGAGGAAAGCCACACCAAAAGUGAAGGAUGAAGAAGACGAAGAAGCACAUUCUACCUGGGAGAAUAACCAGGCAACACCAAAACUCCAACCAACCGUCAAUAAACCAACACAGCGACCACGAUUACCCAGCCUCCCUGUCGAAACUCGACCCUCAAAUAAUCUCGGACCCAUCCCUGAGGAUUUUUCACACAUUGAAAAUAAUUUUAUAACCCUCAACGAUGACUACGAUGAAAUCGAUCAUAUUUAUGCCCAAGUUUGGGAUCCAACCACAUCCGGUCAAAUUCAAAAUGGCGGUUUAGAAAAUAACGUGAACGCGGUGACCAAUCGGUUGUCAGGGAAGAAAAGCAACUAUAACAUCAAAGUCAACAAUAAAUCCCAAGAUGCCAAAAGGAACUAUUUUACACGAGCGGAAGGUUCUGCGCCUGAUAAUCGUCAACGGAAUCGAAUCAUUACGCCACAUCUGGUGCAGACGUACUCCACGCAUCAGACACAAACACGUCUGGUAACUGGCACCAGACCAGGGAUAUUCUACAUGUAGAUUCUUGAUCAAAACUUGCAUAAACUUGAAAAAUUAUUGGGACAACCCAUGUUUACCACAACAUUUGGAGAAAUAGAAAACUGCUCUAUUGAUUGGUUAAUCGAAAAAUGUUGAAACAAUGUUACCAAUCAAAAUAGCUUUUGAAAUAAACCAAGAUCUGAUGCUAAAUUCUGGGUGCGUAUUACUGCCUAAAAUGAUACACUAUGCAUGCGUUCGAGGAUCUUGUAUCUACAAAAAUUUGUAACCAUUUUUAUUAGAUUUGUCCCACUUUGUUGUUGACAUCUUUGUCUUCUAACCUCAGUGUACAGUGCUAUUUGUAAAAAAUGUAAAUAUUAUUAUUUAUUACACUAAUAAAGUUAC